AUGACUGAUACUUUGAAGGCAUCGACCAAGAUCAACACUGCAAGUUGGAGCAUGUUCAUCAGGGUCACUAAAGGUCCUUCCCUCUCCGAUCAAGGCUACGAGGACAACUCACCUCUCGAGCUCGAAGGCUCGUCAGGUAAACAAGGUAUAGGCUACGAUCGGUACGAACUGUUCGACGGUAUGUUCAUCCGGAUUCGAGACACAGCCUCUUUUAAAUACACCCAGAAUGGUGGAACCAAAAUCGAAGGUACUGUACCGAUUAUAGAAAGGCUUGAGGAAGCUUCCAAGACAUUUUCCAUUGGGGACAAUGAGAUCCGGAUUACCAUGAAGCCCCAUCCAUUUGACGUGCAAUCGUCCAUGCCCGAUUAUCAGCCUAAAGGGACUAUACGACCUUUCAGCAUCGGCGUGAGAGAUACCAGGACUGAUGAUGAGACGACUGGGGCUGAGAAUGCAGAAGAGGAAGAAGGUAGUAAAUGCACUGUCCUCUGA